AUGUUGGAACAGGUCAAGAUAUUUGCUUUAAGAGGUAGACAUAGUAGAAAUCAUCUAUUCAUAGGGUUGAGUUUUAUUCUAUUAGCUGCAUUAUUUUAUUCCAUCAGUUAUGAACCAGAAGCUAUAACUACUAUUUAUAAAAGUGCCAAACUUUCUUUCCAAAAUAAUGAAAGAGAAGCUUUCAAAGAUGCAUUAACGAAUUUCAAGAUUAAACCAUUGAAUGAAGUUGCUGUCAACCCAUUAGAGGUUAUUCCAGAUUUGGAUGAAGUGGUUUCAUUAAAAAAAAAAUCAGUUUGGAAUCCGUUCAACAAAAAUAAGUAUAAAUAUUUUAAUGAACUUGAUUUAACGACUCAAUGUAGAUUUUAUUUCCGCGAAUUAUACAAUAUUAAUGAAAAUUGGUCUAAUCAUUUUGAUAAAUUUACAUUCAAUAUUAAAAACUACGAUGAUAAACAACUAGAUUCAUUUAAGGAUAAACAUGGUGUUACUCUGGCUGAUGAAGAAACCAUUCGUAUACAUAAAAAGAGACACGAUAUUGCAUUAGCUCUUCAGAGACAAAGAGUAUAUGACAGUUGCUUUUUGGCAGAUCCUGAUGCUGUUAAUAUCCAAGAUAUCUUUUCUAAAAAGGAAACUACAGAAGAUAAACUGGCAGGUCAGAUAGAAGAUAAAAACGAAAAGAGAGAUAAGCAAACUGACAAUUUGGAAAAAUUUAACCAAUGGGACUUUGAACAUUCAAUGUUUCCUUUCGUUAAUUAUUUUAACAAGGACAAUUUUACAAAUAUAAUGCCCAAUAUUACUAAAGGUAAUGGCGAAUUUUAUAAGCCAGGUUCUAUCCCACAUUAUGAUCCAGAAACAGGGAAAUUCAAAAGAAUAAUUGACUAUAAGUAUGAUAACAAGAAGUCAUUUUGGGGAAACUGGAAUAAAGCAAGUAGCUUAUUUGCAAAACGUGGUAUCGCUUUAAGUUUUGCAGAUAGCCAUUUAGAAAUGGCUCUAAAGUUGAUUGCAACUUUAAGAUUUCAAGGUAAUAAAUUGCCAAUUCAAAUUAUAUACAAGGACAAUGAACUUUCAAAAGAUACUAUGUCAAAGAUUCUACAAGUUGCACAUAGUUCAGAACUCAAGUUCCCAGGUACACCAAUUGAUGAAAGCAUCAAACCUGUCAAGCAAGAUGUCUGGUUUUUAGAUGUAACAAAUACAGUGGACCCAUCUCUAAUCGAAAGAUAUACUGAUUUUAAGAACAAAUGGUUAGCAUGUAUAUUCAAUUUAUUUGAAGAAUUUAUUUUCAUGGAUAUUGAUGCUGUUAAUUAUGUACCGAUGGAAUAUUUUUUUGAAAUGGAUGAAUACAAAAGAACUGGUACUGUAUUUUUUAGAGAUAGAAUGUUAAGAGCUUCUGUUAAAAGAGAGUGUGUUCCCAUAUUUGAAACUUUGACACCAAAUUAUAUGGAGAGUAAAUACUUUGGUAAUUUUCCAUUUAUUAAUAAAGACUAUGUUGAAGAACAAUGUGAUAAAUACUUGACACCUGAAGAACUUAUUUAUAAAAGGUAUUUUAUAAACCAUAAAUUACAUCAAAUGGAAAGCGGCCUGUUCGCUAUCAAUAAAACUAAACACGUUAUUCCAUUAAUAUUUUCCAUGAUGUUGCAUAUGACCCCACAGGUUAGAGAUUGUAAUUAUGGUGACAAAGAAUUUUACUGGAUAGGAUUUGUCGUCUCAGGCCAUUCAUUUGCAUUUAAUGAAAUGAAUGCGGGUUCUGUUGGUAAAUAUGAAGUACUAUCUAAGAAAGGUGUCGAAGAGAGUGGUAGAAUCUGCGCCAUACAAAUUGCACACAUGAAUAAAGACGGUAACCUACUAUGGGUCAAUAGCGGUGGUAGCCAUUGUAAAUUUCCAAAUCAAGCUAAAAAAGAUUGGGAUGAAGUACAAAAUAAGGAAUUUACCAAAGCUAAAUUUUCUAAUUUCAAUUCGUUCAAGAAAUACUAUGAUUUUGAACCACUAGAUGCAGACUAUGGUAUUAUUGGGGCAGAAAAUUACUGGGGCUGGACUAAACCUAGCCAGUUAUGCCAAGGUUACUGGUGGUGUGUAAAACAUGAUAUCAAAAAGAAAGAAUUUAGUUUUGAAGAAACCAAAGAGGAAGGUACAAUUUUCAAAUUUUCCAAUGAAGAAAGAAAGAAAAUAUAUGCAAUUAACAAAAUAUGGACUAGAUUUAAUUCUACAAGUUUGCAAUUUAAUAUUCUAAAUGAAUGA